CUGGGAUUUAAACAGGACAUCAGUCUUUCACAGCCCAUUUGGAUAUCUGGGUCUUCACAUCAUGCUCCUGGAUGAGUAUCAAGAGCGCCUGUUUGUGGGAGGAAGAGACCUCUUGUACUCCCUCAGCUUGGAUCGAAUCAGCGACAACUACCGCGAGAUCCAUUGGCCUAGUACACCUCUGCAGGCAGAAGAAUGUAUAAUUAAAGGAAGAGAUGCUGAUGAAUGUGCAAAUUACAUCCGUGUCCUUCACCGAUACAACAGAACACAUCUUCUGGCUUGUGGAACAGGAGCUUUUGAUCCACUCUGUGCUUUUAUUAGAGCUGGGCAUACAUCAGAG